AGCCGGCAGCCCUCUGCUUGCAGCAGUGUACGUAGCACUGGUAGGCUAGCUGCAGCCACUGACCGUUGCUUUCAAUGGGAACGGAGCCGGCCGCGCACGUCGUGCUGCUUGCGAGCCCCGGUGCAGGCCACCUCCUGCCCAUGGUCGAGUUCGCGCGGCGCGUCGUCGCGCACGGCGGCGGCGACGGUGCCGAGUUCACGGCCACGCUCGUCACCUACACCAACUUCUCCUCGGCAAGCCACCACUACUCCUCGACGCUCGCGUCGCUCCCGCCGUCCGUCUCCACCGCCGUGCUCCCCGAGGUGCCGCUCGACGACCUCCCCGCCGACGCCCGCGUCGAGACCCGCAUCUUCACCAUGGUCAAGCGCGCGCUCCCGCACCUCCGCGACCUCCUCAGCUCCCUGCUCGCCUCGUCCCCCGCCGGCGUCGCGGCUUUCGUCCCGGACAUCUUGAGCGCGUGGGCGCUCGAUGUCUCUACCGAGCUCGGCGUCCCGGGCUACGUCUUCUCCCCGUCGAACCUCACGGCGCUGCACUCCCUGCUCUACAUGCCCCAGCUCGACGAGACCACCGCCUGCGAGUUCCGGGACCUGCCGGAGCCCAUCCGGCUCCCGGGCUGCGUGCCGCUGCGCGGCGCCGACCUCGGCGACCCUUUCCAGGACCGCGCCAACCCCACCUACGCCUUCAUGGUCGAGCUGGGGAGGAAGCACCUCCUCGCCGACGGCUUCGUCGUCAACACCUUGGACGCCCUGGAGCACGACACCAUAGCGGCGUUCCGCACGCUGUCCCACAGCGGCGUGUACCCUCCGGCCUACGCCGCCGGCCCCUUCGUCCGUACGUGCUCCGGCGGCGAGGCAGCUGCAGCAGAGCGCAGCAGCCUCCUGCUGCGGUGGCUGGACGAGCAGCCGGACAGGUCGGUCCUGUACGUGUGCUUGGGCAGCGGCGGCACGCUGUCCACGGAGCAGAUGGCCGAGCUUGCCGCGGGGCUCGAGGCGAGCAGGCAGAGGUUCCUGUGGAUGGUGCGGUUCCUCCCCAGCGACAAGGACGACGACCGCAGCGCAAGCUACUUAGGUGGCGGCCACGGCGACAACCCGCUGGGCUACCUGCCGGAAGGGUUCGUCGAGAGGACCAGAGCCACCGGGCUCGCCGUGACGGAGUGGACCCCGCAGGUGGAGGUCCUCAACCACCGGGCCGUCGGCGGCUUCCUGUCGCACUGCGGGUGGAACUCGACGCUGGAGACCGUGGCCGCGGGCGUGCCGACGCUGGCGUGGCCCCUCUACGCCGAGCAGAGGAUGAACGCGGUGAUCCUGUCCGAGCAGGUGGGGCUCGCGCUGCGGCUCGGGGGCAGCGGUAACAAGGGGAAGGAUGGGGUGCUGGUGCCGCGGGAGGAGGUGGCGGCGGCGGUGACGGAGCUGAUGGUGGGGGAGAAGGGCGCCGCGGCACGGGCAAGGGCGCGCGAGCUCCGGGACGCGGCGGCGGAGGCCUGGGCGCCGGACGGACCGUCGCGCAAGGCGUUCGAGGCCGUCGCCGGCAAGUGGAAGAAAGUGAUCAAGGGAUAGCUUGCUACCCUAGGCUUGCGCGCGUGACUUGCUGAUUCUUCCAUGCGCGUGACAUUGUUGGAUCGUCGGCCCGUGCCUUCACUCUCCGAUGCCGCGUCUCUAUGUUUGCAUUAUCACGUUUGUAUUGUAUGUGUGUGUCGUAUAUUUCGUGAAAUUAAUAAGGGCAUACAGCCGGACAUGUCGGUCCUCUAGUGCAUGCACCUUUUGUUGGAAUAUAUAUAAAAGGGCCGGUCCCAUUUAUUUAUAAGAUAA